AUGCCCCGCCUCUGCGCUAUAUGCAGUCUCUGUGCCUCUGCGGAGCCGACUCCGGGCGCGAUGCUGGCGCUGUGGCUGGUGCACUGGGGGCAGAAGCUGCUGAUCUGGGGCGCGAUGGGCGCCUUCUCGGUGGCGGGCGCCACCCUGAUCCUGAACCUUCUGCAGAUGCUGACGAGCUACGCGCGGAAAUGGCAGCAGAUGAGGCCCCUCCCCACGAUACCCGGCGCCUUCCCGUUGGUGGGACACUCGCUGAUGAUGAAGUCGAACGGGAGAGAAUUUUUUCAGCAGAUCAUUCAUUAUACCAAGAAUUACCAACACCAGCCACUACUGAAACUCUGGCUUGGGACCAUGCCAGUAGUGGCCAUUUAUAAAGCAGAAAAUGUGGAGGUAAUUUUAACUAGUUCAAAGCAAAUUGAUAAAUCUUAUAUGUACAAGUUUCUGGAACCGUGGCUUGGCCUAGGACUUCUUACAAGUACUGGAAACAAAUGGCGAUCUAGGAGAAAAAUGUUAACACCCACUUUCCAUUUUACAAUUCUGGAAGAUUUCUUAGAUGUCAUGAAUGAACAAGCAAAUAUAUUGGUCCAUAAGCUUGAAAAACAUGUUAACCAAGGAGCAUUUAACUGCUUUUUUUACAUCACCCUUUGUGCCUUAGAUAUAAUUUGUGAAACAGCUAUGGGGAAGAAUAUUGGUGCUCAAAGUAAUGAUGAUUCCGAGUAUGUCCGUGCAGUUUAUAGAAUGAGUGAUUCGAUACAUCGAAGAAUGAAGGCGCCCUGGCUCUGGCUUGACUUUCUGUUUCUCAUGUGCAAAGAAGGGCGGGAACACAAAAGGAGCCUAGAGGUCCUCCAUAAUUUUACCAAUAAUGUCAUUGCUAAACGGACCAGUGAAAUGAGGAGAGACGAAGAACACAGAAGUGCUGACAAGGACUCUUCAUCUUCCAAAAAUAAACGCAGGGCUUUCCUUGACUUGCUUUUAAAUGUGACUGAUGAUGAAGGGAACACGCUAAGUCAUGAAGAUGUUCGAGAAGAAGUUGACACUUUCAUGUUUGAGGGCCAUGAUACGACAGCGGCGGCAAUAAACUGGUCCUUGUAUCUAUUGGGUUCUUACCCAGAAGUCCAGAAACAAGUGGACAGUGAACUGGAGGAAGUGUUUGGGAAGUCUGAUCGUCCUGCCACCUUAGAGGACCUGAAGAAACUCAAAUACCUGGAAUGUGUCAUUAAAGAAAGCCUUCGCCUUUUUCCUUCUGUUCCUUUAUUCGCUCGUAAUCUUAAUGAAGAUUGUGAAGUUGGGGGUUACAAAAUUGUGAAAGGCUCUCAAGUCAUCAUCAUUCCCUACGCACUGCAUAGAGAUCCAAGAUACUUCCCAAAUCCUGAGGAGUUCCAGCCCAAGAGGUUCUUUCCUGAGAAUCUGCAAGGACGCCAUCCGUACGCAUAUGUGCCCUUCUCUGCGGGACCCAGAAACUGUAUUGGUCAGAAAUUUGCCAUAAUGGAAGAAAAGAGCAUUCUUUCCUGCAUCCUGAGGCAUUUUUGGGUAGAAUCCAACCAGAAAAGAGAAGAACUUGGUCUAGCAGGAGAGCUGAUUCUUCGUCCAACUAAUGGCAUCUGGAUCAAGUUGAAGAGGAGAAAUGCAAAUGAAUCCUAACCGUGUAAUUGGACUGUGCCUUUGUCAUGUAAAAGGUCUUUCUUGAAGGAAACUGGAUUUACAAUUUCUAGGUCGGAGAUCAGUACUCUUAGUCCUUAGACCUCUUUCUUUCUUGUCCUGCUUGCCCUGCAGUCAAGUCCACCAAAGAGUUUUAUAUUUUCUUCACCACCAUAGAUCUUAUCUUUGGUUUUGAUCCCAAAAGUAGAGUUAACUGAUGAUGGCACCCAAGUAAACACAGGACAAGUUUCUCAACAGAGGGAUCCACAACCAACUCAAUUUCAAUUGGCAAAUCCAAAGAUAUAAUUUUAAGUUCCAGAAUUUUUUAAAGGGAUUCUUAUAGACUGGGGAACAUAUAUAUGCAUGUAUACAUAUGCAUUUAAUUUGAAAAGCAUGAGUAAUUAAGUACUUAGGCAUAAGAAGCUUAAGUUUUUAAAUUAUAUAAGUGGCAUCAAUUACAAGAAGAAUUAUUAUUACAGCACUUUUGGGAUUCUACCGCCUGGAGUAAAUAAUUUUUAAGUUGACUCAUAGAUUCUGUUCCUACUUCCCUUUUGACUACGUGCUUAUAGCCAUGACUUCAUUAUUCAUAGUAUCACAACUACCCUUACAUAUCAUAUACAGUUGGGAAAGAUUCCGCUUGGUAAUAUCCAAUCCUACGCAUUGUAUCCAGGUUAAAUAAUGGCUUUUGGAGCAAGAAGGUCCUUAUUGCUUAUCUUGUUGCACUCCCUUUCAUUAGAAGAAGGGAAUGAGAUCAAUGAAAAGGCAAGUUUCUACCCAGAGCCAUGCCACUAUCGGGCGAUAGGGCCGGAAACAGAGAUCUGUAUUCUAUAUCUCACCAGGCCCAAUGCGAUAGACUUCACUAUGUCUGCUUUUACUUUAUGGAACUCAGUUCUAUAACUAGGUGUGUCAUUAGAACACAGGUUUUCGGGGCGCCUAGGUGGCUCAGUGGGUUAAAGCCUCUGC